GUUCCGUGCCAGAGCGGGCGGGCGGGGCACCGUGGCGCCUCUGAGAUUUUGGUCUUCUACACUAGGUUCACUUGCCUCGAGUGGCUGGUCUGAGUUCCUUGCUGUCCUGCUGGAGCAGCUUGGUGCUGCGAGCUUAGCUGCCCCAUUGGGGCUAGGGUUUGCUUUGGAUCUGGGCGAUUGGAGCGUGGCUUGCUCGUAUGGUCGUACACACGACCGACCGUCGUGCUCGAAUCUCUUGCGAGACACGGCUGCAAACAGAGGCGCGGAGCAUGCUCGCGUCGCCGUGCUUGGGCAGUUGGGCUUGCCAAACCGAAUGUUGUGGGAUCGGUGCAGCGUUCUGCUGCAACCGAGGACAGUGAAGGUCACCAACGUCUCUCUUAGUGCAACCGUGCAAGACAUUAAGGAGUUCUUUUCCUUUUCAGGAGAUAUUGAACAUGUGGAGAUGCAGAGUGGUGAUGAGUGGUCUCAAAUUGCAUAUGUCACUUUCAAAGAUGCACAAGGCGCAGAAACUGCACUUCUUCUUUCGGGUGCCACAAUAGUUGAUCUUUCUGUGAUCAUUGGACCUGCUCCAGAGUAUCAGCCACCCCCUAUUGCCUCUGCUCCACCAAUGAGUGGAACCAGAGUUCCAGUUGGUGGAGACAACAACGUUGUCCACAAGGCCGAGGAUGUUGUGAGCACUAUGCUUGCCAAGGGUUUCGUGCUAGGAAAAGACGCGGUUGGCAAGGCCAAAGCGUUCGAUGAGAAGCACGGCUUCACAUCCACAGCCGGUGCUAAGGUGGCCUCCAUCGACAAGAAGAUUGGGCUGAGCAAUAAGAUUACCACAGGCACUUCGUUGGUCAGCGGGAAGGUGAAGGAGAUGGACCAGAAGUUCCAGGUCUCUGACAAGACAAAGUCAGCGUUCGCGGCUGCCGAGCAGAAGGUGAGCAGUGCCGGGUCCGCCAUCAUGAAGAACAGGUACGUCUUCACCGGCGCGUCGUGGGUCACCGGCGCGUUCAACAAGGUCGCCAAGGCUGCCACGGACGUCGGGACAAUGACCAAGGAGAAGAUGGCGGCCGAGGAGCAGCAGAAGGGUUUCUCUGGCCCAUCGUCUAGGAGCCACUCGUACACGCCCAUCCGAUGAUUCGUUGGCUUUCUGUUAUGCGCCCUCCCUCAGACAGACAAUGUUGUAUUGUAUUACACAUAACACAUUGGUGGAUGUAAGACAUAGAUAGCUAUAUAUAGAACAGAUCAUCAGGCCCCCUCGCACCACUUGUUCACCGUUCCAUGUUCUGUUAAAUUUCGUACUGCAGGGAUUUGUUUCUUUAGGACAAGCAAGUAUGGUGGUGAUACCAAUCUGUUGGUUUUUACAAAUCCAUGUUCAGACUGUUUGUGGUUUGAAUGAACAUUUUGUAGAAGUGGUGGGAAGUUAACUGGAUAAUAUGAUGUUGCUGAAACAACAUGCUAUCACUAUUUGCAGUUAUUUGGAA